AUGGUCUAUGUAGAGGAUAUUGAGGUGGAUUUGGAUGAUGCUAUGGUUGGUGCCCUUGAUUAUUACUCCACGAAAAAUUCGAAUGGUUCUUAUAUGCUGGAGUCUUCUAAAUCUCAGGAUCAACAGAUUGAUAUGUCACAGCUAUUUUCCCAGAACACCACAGAUCUUGAAAAUAUGGCUUUUAAGAAGUUAGGACUUAAGGAGGAAAUCAAUGCUGUCUUAAGUAGAAAGGAGGAUGAAGAAGAUUUAACUAAUGAACUAACACGAAUUGAUAUCAUCAAAUGUAUACAGUCGGAAAAAGUUAGAUUUCGAGAUGUUAAACUUUCUGGCCUUGAUCUUUCAAAACUGGAUUUGUCUUAUGUGGACUUCAGCCAUGCUUGUCUUAGAGAUGUAUUCUUCUCACGUGCAAACCUACAGUGUGCCAAGUUCCGAAAUGUGGAUGCUGAGGGUGCGAUCUUUCAUAAUGCAAUUUUGCAAGAAUGUGAAUUUACAGGGCCAAUCUGCGUGGAGCUUUAUUAGCUGGUGCUAAUCUUAAGA